CCCGCCCUUGUUCCCGGGACUAGUUUAACCCUAGCCUGCUGACACCCCUCCGCCCUUUCUCUUGAGUGCACGCGGAUAUGGCGGAGUCUGAGUUGCAGCUAGUGGCGCAGCGCAUCCGCAGUUUCCCGGACUUCCCCAUCCCCGGCGUGCUGUUCAGGGAUAUCUCGCCCCUCCUGAAGGACCCCGACUCCUUCCGAGCUUCCAUCCGCCUCCUGGCCAAUCACCUUAAGUCCACGCAUGGCGGCAAGAUCGACUACAUCGCAGGCUUAGACUCCAGGGGCUUCCUGUUUGGGCCGUCCCUAGCUCAGGAGCUGAACCUGGGCUGUGUGCUCAUCCGGAAGCGCGGAAAGCUGCCGGGCCCCACAGUGUCCGUCUCCUAUGCUCUGGAGUAUGGCAAGGCUGAACUGGAAAUCCAGAAAGACGCCUUAGAACCUGGGCAGAAAGUGGUCGUUGUAGAUGAUCUCCUGGCCACUGGAGGAACCAUGCGUGCGGCCUGUGAGCUGCUGGGCCAGCUACGGGCUGAGGUGGUGGAGUGUGUGAGCCUGGUGGAGCUGACCUCGCUGAAGGGCAGAGAGAAGCUAGGGCCUGUACCAUUCUUCUCUCUUCUGCAGUAUGAAUGACCAAGGGGCUGGAAUAGCUGCUGCACCCCUGCCCCCAGCCUCUAUGACUGGACAGCGGCUCGGCCCUGGCACCCAAGUGACCUUUGUGAGCCACCAGCUGCCCUUUCCUGGGCCACCAUGUCUAUGGACCACCUGGGCCCUCGCACUUUCUGUAAGUGCUGAGUCCUGAAGCAGAGCUGUGCUGCUACUGUAGGUUAUGACACAGCAAGGUCAAUAAACAGCUUUGUUACACACGG